AUGGCCGCUGAGGGGAUCCGGAUCCAGGGAAGGCGCGGCGGUCCUCGCAUAGCUUGGAAAGUGAUAAGUUCCGUAGAGCGCAUAGUGACGUUACCGACCGCGCGUCGUCGUCCAUCGCAUUUGUUUAAAGAGAGAGCAGUGGAUUCAGUAAAUGGAGAACCUGAGAGCCGGCUAGGAUCUGAAGAGCCCAAGAAGCCUGCUGCUGUGCCAUCUGCUACCAAACCCGCGUUGAAGCGAUUGAGUAAUCUUGAGCGGUUCUUGCUGGCGAUCACGCCUUCUGUGCCUGCUCAGUAUCCAUCUAAGACGGACAUUAGAGGUUUUGGAACUUGUGGCGGGGAAUUUCAGCCUUAUUUUGUUCUUGGCGAUUUGUGGGAAUCAUUCAGGGAGUGGAGUGCUUAUGGUGCGGGAGUGCCUCUUGUACUAAAUGACAAUGAUAGUGUCGUUCAAUACUAUGUUCCUUAUCUCUCUGGAAUUCAAAUAUAUACUGAUAUUCCGAAGCACUCUGCUAAAUCAAGGCAACUUGGUGAGGACAGUGACAGCGAUUUUAGGGACUCAAGCAGUGAUGCUAGCAGUGAUUAUGAACCUGCAAGAGGAUUGAAAUACACGGGGGAGGACAGGAAUCUUCAUCUGUCAGAGGAGGUGCACCAUAGGAUGGGCAGAUUGUCCAUGAAAGAUCACCAUACUGUCACUCAAGAUGGUUUUUCUAGUGACGAUGGAGAAUCUGUUAAUUCCCAAGGCUGCUUGAUUUUUGAGUAUCUUGAACGGGACCCUCCUUACAGCCGUGAACCUUUGGCUGAUAAGAUAUGGGACCUUGCUUUUCGUUUCCCUGAGCUGAAGACACUCAGAAGUUGUGACAUACUCUCUUCAAGCUGGAUAUCUAUAGCCUGGUAUCCAAUUUAUAGGAUACCAACCGGACCAACAUUGAAGGAUCUUGAUGCAUGCUUUCUGACGUAUCAUUCUCUUCAUACACCCACGGAAGGUUCACAAAGAUCACAAGCUCCCAUCAUGACACGACGUGGUGAAAUUGAUGGUGGGCUUAAAUUAUCUUUGCCUGUAUUUGGCCUUGCUUCAUAUAAGUUCAAGGGUUCCCUCUGGAUUCCUAAUGGUGGAAAUGAUCGCCAAUUAGCUAGCUCUCUACUACAGUUUGCGGACGAAUGGUUAAGGCUGCUUCACGUCAGUCACCCAGAUUUCCUGUUUUUUCAGCCGUCGAUGAUCUUGAG